AUGAAGUUCACAGCUGUUGUAUCGUUGCUUCUCGCUACAUCGGCCUUCGCGCAAACUACUCCCUUAGGCUUCACUCCUGCGACAAAUAAAACACUGGACGUAUACUACGGGACACAGUAUAUCAGUCCUGGUAUCAUCGUCAGAAAGUCUAUCACGCAAAGAGCUCCUGUCAUCGGUCUCAGCAACACGACACUUAGCGGGAAAUACUUACUUGCAAUGAUCGACAUAGAUGGUUCUCAGAACGGCCGUACAACAACUGUCUUGCAUGCCCUUCUGCAGGAUUAUACAGCAUCUGGCAACAAGCAGAACGGCACGUCUGUCCUCACUACGACAGCUACAACGCCUUCGUCAUACUUUGGUCCUGCGCCUCCUGCUGGCGCGCCUCCCACUCAUCGUUACGUAUUCUUGCUGCAUGAGCAGCCAGCAAACUUCGCAGUACCGGCUGCGCACAAACAAGCCGUCAGCAGCAGAUUCGGGAUCGAUUGGCCAAAGUUCAUAGCGGAUGCCGGGCUCAAAGCGCCGAUUGCUGGAAACUAUCUGCAAGUGAAGAGUGGGGAUAACACAAAGAGGUGGGAUGCAUAA